AUACCAUGCAGAUCAGAGGCUUAUAUUAUACAACGCCCAGGUGGUGGCUUUAACUUCAUUAUUGUCCCUUCAAGAAGCUGCAAAUCAUUAGUACAAAGAUGAAGAUCAUCAGCCAGUUUUUGGGAUUUUUAGUGAAGAUGAUGAUGUUCUUAGUAUUCGUCGUCCUCGUCUUCCUACAAACUCCGACUACUCAUGCUAUGGGAGAAGACGACAUGGCGGUUGAAUUAUCUGGUAGCAACGAUGUGGUGAAGUGGGCUGGUUAUGGGGAAGAGAAACUCUCCACAGUUGUAAUUGGUGGCAAGCUUCUUUGCCAUGCUACUGCGAGUCACAAACUUUCCAGCCAUCCACAUCCAGUCUCAGGUGCAUUGGUGGCCGUUUUCUGUGCCAUGGGUGGGAAGACAAGGAAAUCAUGGGCAAAAGGGAGCACAAAUAGUUAUGGAGAAUUCCUAAUUGAUCUUCCCUCUCAUCUCCAUGCAAUUCCCAACUUGGAAAAGGUAUGUAUUGUUCAAGUUCUUCAUCUUCCAAGGAGCUCCCCCUGCCGACAUUCUUUUACUGGAAAACAUAAAGCAAUGAAGCUGACAUCCGUAGGUGAAGGUGUUCGUAGUUACACCACACAUAACAUACAUUUGAUGCCAAAACCUUCACAACAGCGCAUGAGAAAGGCAGUCAAAACAGGACAUACAGUAUCUGUCUCGUAAUGAAAUGGGGUGUAACAUACCAGUUAUUUGCAUGCAGCUCGGACAGAUGGCGCUUCAGUCACGCUGAGUUGCAGGCUUCAAUUGGCUUGCUGUUUCCUAAGUCAGACUUUCAAGAAUUUUGUGCUUGUGUGCUUUUCUUUUUUCCCUGUGUGUGUGUGUGUGAGAGAGAGAGAGAGAGAUAGAGAGACAGCUUAUGCUUGAA